UCAGGUUGUAUCACUCAUUGACGAAAAGAUUGAAGGACAGGCUGGAUUCGGCCUCGUCUUUUAAGGGGAUUCGCUGACAGAUAUUUUUCAGAUUUGCUUGGCACCUUUGAGCAGUCGGUUCUAGGUGUUUGGUUCGUCUGGCUUCUCGUGUUGAAUUAUUCACCGGAUAUCAUUCUCUAACACCAGUAAACCUAUUUUCCACGAAAAUGCCUGGUCUUUUUGAGUUUUGGAAUAGGAAAAAGAGGAGAGAUUCGACAUUGUCGUCCCAGACUAUGUUAUCCUGUAGUGGGACUGAUCCCUCCCUCACUCGGGCGGCGUUUGCAGAAUUCAUAGGGACCUUCGUUCUCGUUGCUAUAGGCAAUGGCAGUGUGGCUCAGUCGCAGUUAACGAAUGGCGAAAAGGGCAACUACUUCACCAUCAACUGGGGAUGGGCUUUAGGAUGUUCCUUGGGCAUUCUCAUAUCCGCUAAAACAUCAGGGGGUCACAUAAAUCCGGCCGUGACGAUGGCUCUGGCGGUAGCCAAAGAAUUUCCAUGGAAACGGCUACCUGCAUAUUGGUGUGCACAGUAUUUGGGAGCUCUCGCAGCGUCUAGCACGGUUCUAGGAGUUUAUUACGAGGCCAUCAUGAACGGCAAAGUCAACGGGGAGUUCAAAAUCCAAAAGGAUUCUUCCGAUCCGGGCUCAGCGGCUAUUUUUGCUAAUUAUCCAGCUCCAUAUUCAUCAGCUAGUACUGGCCUAAUGGAAGAGAUUUUGUCCACUGUGGUCUUCAUGUUGGUUAUCCGUGUGGUAACCGAUAGGCAAUCAAAAGUACCCAGUUUUCUGCAACCGCUUUACAUUGGGUUCACUUUACUGGCAAUCGGCGUGUCCUAUGGAUCGAACGGCGGCUAUGCUCUGAAUCCGGCUAGAGAUUUAGCUCCUCGAGUUGUUACACUUUUCGCUGGAUGGGGAAGCCAUGUUUUCAGCUUCCGUGGAUACAAUUGGUUCUGGAUUUAUCUGCUGGGUCCUCACGUUGGAGCCAUUCUAGGCAUAGGCAUCUUCAAUCUCUUCCUGAAGUCGGAUGGAACAAUGGACGACACAAGAUCAGAAUCUCCUUGUAUCGAUUUAGAAAAUGGAUAUGGUAAAGAGCUUGAUGUGAUCUGGCGGUUGAACGAAAAUCGUGACAUUGAACCCGAUAUGAAUAAGCUGGAUAAAGAAAAUCCUCCGCGGUAUAGCGUAGCCUACGCUAGCAGCAGACCGCAGUUAGGCCGUGGCCUAUCGUGUCCAGUCGUCACCUCGAAUAGGUAGACGGGACUUUGUGGCCAACUUCCAUGAAGGACGCGCCCUACAUGCUAUUUUAAAUGUUUCUUAAAAUUAUUAUACCUACUGCUAAUUUAUAUUGUUUAGUUAGUAUUUAAAUAUGCUAAUUUCUAGUGCAAUACAACACGUCUGUCUCAAA